GAAACCCCGAUUUCGUCGCGAUGACGUUUGAUUGUUUUGGUGUUCCGAGACAUCUACACCUAAUCUAUAAUCAUCCAGUAUUGGCUUAAAUUAGAACUAAACUUGAACAUGACACUUAUUUCAGAGACAAUUACACUUUCAAACAAUUAAGGAGCUACAAUGUCAACACAUGAACUCUGAUUGAUGUGCGACCGCUCAGAUUACAUACGAGGGAUUCACGAUCCUCAAACAGAAAGUAGGCCCGGUUCAGUGCCGAGGGAAGUUGAAUACAGUGGUAUACUGGUAAUCAGCUGUGGAGGCCCUAAUAAGAGAACAAAAUGGAAUUUCUCUCAAAAGCAUGCAGACAUUUGAAAUCAAAAGAAAGAAACUCAAAGGAGUCAAGUGAAAUUGAUAUAGAUGGUAAACAGAUUAAAACAGGUUUGCAGCUACAUAAUUUGCUGUCAAGUUGUACUGAACAACGCCUUCAUGUUCAGCGAUUUACUAUGAAAGGAGCACCUAUAAGAAGUAUUCCUCAAUGCAUAGGAUCAUUUGUCAAUAUCAAGUAUCUUGUUCUCUCUGGGAACAGGAUUGAAUACCUACCCUGGUCGAUUGUCUUGCUUAAAAAAUUGGAACAUUUGGACCUUUCCGACAAUUGUAUGACGGUCAUAUCACCGAUGCUCUGCUACUUUCCAUCACUGAAGAUACUAGAUUUAAGUAGCAAUGCUUUAGAGAGUCUUCCGACAGAUUUACUUAAUCUUGAAGCACUCGAGACCUUCAAUGUGUGUGGCAACAAUGACAUCAAAUCCCCACCGCUCUCUACCUGUCAUGAAGGAAAGGAGGCCAUAUUUAGAGCUCUCGGGAUUCGACGGACUCGUGUGGAUGCUUUAGCUAAUUGGAAACCUUACUACCAAGGGAACAAAACUAAGGCGAGUGAACUGAACUCUCUAGUGAAACUGUGCAUUGACUGCAUCAUUGAAAGUGAAAUUGAUUUUUUGUCAGCUGAAAUCCCACCUGUUGUUAAAACAUACUUGACUGAAACUAAAAAGCAGGAAUCCUCCUUGCUACCGAAUCUUUUGAAAUGUAGCGAGUGUGAGAGAUAUUUUUCAAAGACUUUCAUAUUUGAAAACCAUGACUGCCAGAGGAAAAGUUGAAGUUGCAAUCACUGAUCCUGAAAGUAUGACCAAGUAAUAACUGUGAUGUUUAAUAUAUAUAUCUGUAAUUUGUAUACACUCAAGUGUUCUUUUAAAAAGUUCCUAGCACUUGUCAAUAGUCUUGUAAUGGACGAUGUCACAGGAUCAGAUUAUUAAAUGAGCAAAAAUUGAAAAUAUAUUCAGAAUGUCUCAAGCUAUGUAAACUCUGUAUAGUGUGAUGUCAUGCAAUAUGCUUUGGCCAAAAACGAAAAAUAUGUAUGUUUCAGGUACCCCAAUUCCUGACCCUAGUUUUUACCUCCACCUCUAACCAUUUUAUCGCACUCGAACACACUUCAUCCAUGUGUUUCAGUGGGAUAACUUGUUUACCAUAUGCCAACGAAUUGAUGGAGAAACAAAAAAGGCAACUAUAUAUACGCUCUUCUUCAUAGAAAGGUAUGCAAACCAAAUUUAAAUCCCAUAUUACUAUUUAAAAGACCCUAAAAAUAUGUUUGGUGAUUUUCGUUACUUCUUAAAUUAGCCCCCUUUCCUUCGGAAAAAAUGAAUAACAUACCAACAGACUGACCUCUUAUUUUUUCAGUCAUGUUUUCUGAAACAUACAUUAUAUUUUUUGGGUGGGUCUUGGUAAGAUUGCUUGAUCAAGAUUAUGACAUGACCUUAUGAAAUUGGGUUAUAUGUUUUUAUAAUAUAUAUAUAUAUAUAUACAUAUAUAUGCUGUAUGAAUUGACAUCAUUGUUGAUGCAUAAUUGAUAUUGAAAGUCAUCAUGAUUUUGAUUGAGUUGUAUUUUUUAUAUAUAUGUUUCAUUCCAAUUAAUCUGACUUGUACAGGUAUUUUAUAAAUUGGAGUUUACCUAAUUUUUUAAUACCCAAACUAUCUCUGAAGUUAAUGUAGACUAGUAAAAACAUGAUGGUUUCAUUGUUCAUACAUUGUCUCUAUAGCCUCUCUGUGAUAUCUUGUGUUUUCUUGGUAUUUACUCAUUUCUGGCUUGAAGCAUUUACAGAGCCACAAGUGCCUGUUAUGAAACUAAACUUGCAGGUAGCACUAUUUUGCACUUAAAAAGGGAAUCUAUGAUUUCUAGCACCUAUAUAUUACGUAAUGAUCAUGAUUUUCUUUCAUAAGUUCCAAGAAGCAAACCACUGCAUGCAUUGUAAAAAUAAAGAUGGAUUUAAUUGAUAGAUCACUUUAAUAAAUAUAUACAUGAACAUUGUAUAUAGCAAUGUGCUCUCAAAGUUGUAAACUGCAAUAAAAAUACUGUAUCAUGAUAUUUGCAUUUUUGUACCCUUAUUUUACAUAUAUUGUUUGCAUUCUAUUUUCAUUUUGAAUGUCUUCUCAUGCUAUAGACAAAAACAUUUGCUCCUCUGUUGCAAGAAACAGUUGGCCUUGUGCAACACAACACAUGAUCAACCUACUACCAAGAUUCAUAUAUUUUUUACUGUACCAAUACCAUGAAGGCAUUUAAUUAAUUGCAUAAUAAACUUGAACAUAUAUAUUAUAGUCAGGGCUAGAAAUAACUUUUGGGUUAGUAAUUUCAGCUGUAAGUAUAGUCCAUGUGCAAAUUCCACUUAAUAUUAUUCAACAUAAGGAAUAUAAAAUUUGGACUAGAACCAAUUUGGCUAGCAGUUUUCAGAACAACUAUAUAGUCCAGGUGUAGAUUUCAGUAGUCCCAGACUACAGAACUACAUGUACCCUUAUUGUCAAUACCUGGUAUAUAUGUACGACACUUGUAAUUAAGUGAAAUCACAUUUGGCAUGACUACAUAGGUACAAAAUGUGACUUUGGCAAUUUUCUUAAUCAUAUAGAGCAAAGAAAGAACAACACUUCUUUCUUUCAUCUGUUUCUUAAUUCAAUCAUACGCUCUGUCAUCUGUUUCUUAAUUCAAUCCUACACUCUGUCAUCUGUUUCUUAAUUCAAUCCUAACACUCUGUCAUCUGUUUCUUAAUUCAAUCAUACACUCUGUCAUCUGUUUCUUAAUUCAACCCUACACUCUUUCAUCUGUUUCUUAAUUCAAUCAUACACUAAUUAAAGUAUGAGUUCAAGUUACAGUGUAUCAUGUGUACAUUGUACUGUACCUACUUUUGAAGAGAGUGUAGUCAUGCCCAUCCAUUCACUAUAUAAUCACAGAUUAUGUUCAUAUCUAGAUUACCUUUUACUUGUAGAGUAAUAAUGACAUUACUGCAAAAAUAUGUAAGUAUGACUAUUUUUAAUGAAUUAUAGAAGAAAAUAAAGACAACUUUGCCCAAAUUUUGUAUACACUAAUACAUUCACUUCAAAACUAGAUUUAAUUAGCUCAAAGUGUAAGCUUCACGGAUACCCCUGCUAAUUUGACAUACCUACAAAGAUUUGAACCCAUUCAUGAAACAGUGACCAAGAUCUACAUUGUAUAUGCUGUAGAAACCUGAAUUACACUUAAUUUAAUUUUAGGUCAAGGUCAAAGGUCAAAUUGAGGUCAAAGUGACCUUGUUUUAGGAUGUGACUUCCCAUGAUGUACCUGUACCUAAAAUGUCAUUAAGUGUUACCACUCGCCAAUAUACAGUACAUUCUUUAGUCACUAGACUUUUCAUUUAAAAUCUUAUGUUGUGGACAAUUAAAAUAUGAUUAAAUUGACUAAGCUUAAUACACGUAAUCAUUUUUCCCCAAUUGAUAAAUCUCAAAAUUUACAAUAUGUCCAAUAUUAGUGAAUUUGAAUCUAAUCUGAAUUUAAUUAACAUAAAACACCUACAUCUUUUUAUAUAAUGUGCUUUAUAUUUAAGUACAGGGGAUGCUUUUAAUUGAUAACCUGGACUAAAUGUACACAUUUUUACAUGCAUUAUAUAUAAGAUUAUAGUAGCUUACAGUAGGUUACACUGUACACAUAAUACGUUCCAAAGCAGCAUGGUACAGAUUCCCAUCACUACAAGGUGAAUAGGUUAUAUACAUGUAUUAUUAAAUGUGGCACGGAGAUAUAUCUAUUAUGGGAACUAUGCCACACCCCUUUGUAUACAGUUAAAGUAUGGGGUUUAGGGAUAUAGCAAGUUUCUGGU